AUGACCCGAUUGGAUGGCAGCCCGAUUGAUCUUCGAAAAGCUUUAGAAGAAGGACAUCGCACAUGGACUGCCAAGCUGGACGUCUUCGCAAAGGUCAGGCUUUUCGAGGGGAGCGACUCUACGCCCAGGUUCUUCCAGGUCACCAAUGUACUCCGUUUUGGUUACCUGGACGGCAGAGAGCAGGUCCAGCCAGUGACUAAAGAAAAGGACUUCCUCUUUGCCGUGGAGCACUGCAUCCAGGAAUACUCCGGACCUUGCCCCAAUGCCAUGAAGUAUGCAAAGCGGCUCUGGGAAAGAAGCGCGUACUUGGCACAGCGAGGCUUCAAUGUGGAGCAGCACGUCCUGAUGCUCGAGGCCUUCAAGCCACUCUUCGCGCACUGGCUGGCAGAGCUGACACAGAUCGCCGCGCACGCAGAAACGCUUCGCAGCAUGCUGGAGGAGCCACAGGUAGCAGCCUUCAUUUCUCGGUAG